AUGCUGACGUCGGCACCCGUAUUCGUGCAUCCGACGCAGUUACCAACUCAUAUUCCACCACCACCAGUUUUCAUAACUUCUAGUGGAACUCUACUCUUCCCACCCGGAUUCCUUCCUCCGCCGUUUCCGGCUGUUGCUGACGAAGAGGAACUUCACGAAUUCAUAGGAGCCGCAGAAAGCUGCAGCUCACCGGAACCAAGUGAAUCGUUCAUAUUCUCAAGUUCAUCAAGUGACGUAUCAGUAGCUCCUCCAUUAGAAACUAUAUCGUUUAGUAACGUUACUCUAAAUCUAUUUUCACUAACUGGAGAAGAAGAAGAAGAGCUGAAAAUGUACGCGAGAAUACAAGAAGAGGUUAAAGUGAAGAGGCACCGACGAAACUCGACGACAUCAUCAGGAUAUGGGUACAGUCUACCGAGAACACCCACUACUGAGAUACUAUUUGAUACGGCUUCUUCGCAAGAUUCUGGACGGGCCACUGGACCACUCGCCUCGCCACAUGAUGAAGGACUCACCGGAACGGAAGAAGACUUCUUGCCAAUGUACGAAUUUGAAAUUCCAAACAGUCUCGUUGGAUUGAUCAUCGGAGUGAAAGGAAAGACCAUAAAGGAGCUCAGUCAACGUACGAAUGUUCGUAUGUUAAUACGCCAGCACCAUGCACCAGACAAGUCGAAAUCUCAUCAGAUCUGUCAGGUCCGUGGUAAGAGAGACGAGAUCAAUCAUUGUCUCCAAAUGCUCCGUCGUCGUUUCCCACCAGCACGCUUCCCAGAACUGAAUCUUCAACCAGUUGUUCCCCCAGUUCUGCCAAACAGUAACUUUGACAUGCUGUCAACUCAACCAACAUGGCUCACACUUCCGGAAGAGAUCAAAUGUGAAAUUGCGGUGUCCUCGAUCAUUAAUCCAUCUCACUUCUUCGUUCAACAACCCACUCAUGCUACAUUCCCUUCGUUGCGCCAUCUCGAUAUGUACAUGGGAUCCCUUUAUGGAGAACAAUCGAACCUUCCGGAAUUGCCGAUUCCAUGUCAAAAUGGACUCUUGUGUGCUGCUCCAGUUGGAAACUCGUGGUUCCGUGCUGUCACUGUUCAAUACUAUGAUGAAACUGAUGAGGUGUUUGUCAAGUUUGUCGAUUACGGAGGAUACACUAGAAUCGCUCGCCAAGAGUUGAGACAAAUUCGUACUGAUUUGAUGUCACUUCCAUUCCAAUCAUCAGAAGUCAUGCUCGCCCAUGUUCGUCCAGUUGAUGGAACGAAUAACUGGAGUGAUGCUGCGAUGCUUAAAUUCAGAGAGUUGUGCACAGGAAGAGUUAUCGAAUGUAAAAUGGUCGGAUAUUCAGCAGAAACCCGCAUACCAAUGAUUGAGUUGUAUGUGACAGUGAAGGAAGGCAAUGAGACACGCGAAGUUCGAUUCGAUCAGAUUCUCAUGGGAAUGGGACUUGCUAGAACAGCUGAUCCAUCCAAAAUGUCUCGUAUCUCCUACCCGACAACUAUCAAAGAUGCAGGAGAUGUUCACAUGAAGCGACCUUCAUUCUCAUCGCAGACUUCACAAACUGCAGUUGUUUGCUAA